CGACAACCCGGCCCGGGUAUCGCUGCUGCUGUUAUCUCGGCAACGUCGGCACUGUAUUGAUUGUCGAUACGCGAUACACUCGCUAGCCGGCACUCAUCAACAGCAGACAAACAGCGCGAUGACAAUCAUUGCCACCGAUACUGCACUGUACACUCACUGACAAUUGCCGGAAAAAUGCGAUUGUUUGGACUGGCGCUGGUGUAUGUUGGUGCGCCUGUUCAAGGUCUUGUUCAGUACAGUCAUAUACACUGCCGCGGCCGUUGCGUAAUGUACACUGUAUAGUGUACACGUAUGUAUGUAUAUCAGCAUAGCAGUAUGCAUAUGGAAUGCGCGCUGUUGCCGGCUGAUACUGUGACGGUCUAUUUGGGAUGGCACGAUGGUGGCUAGCGUCCUCUCUCCGGAGAGAGACACCACUUUGACAGCGCGUGCAUGCGUCGGUUGUGCGUGAGGUUGGAGAGAGAGGAGAGGCCGUGGCGACCGGCUGCUUAUUACUUAUGUAGAAUCCAUUAGCCGAUGAUUUCAUCUGCGCAUGUGAUGCGAAUUAUCCAGACUUUGAUCAACUUCUCCAUGCGUCAGAAUUCGAUCAAUCCGAUUCGAAUAUAGACGGGAUUCUCGUUGAUCCCGACAUAUAUAUAUACCAGUUUUACUCAUCCUGGAAACCCAGGAAUUCGGCUACAACUUGUGCAAUAAAUUGCGACGGGAUAAUAAUUACGGAAAUUUUGAAUUUAUUUUUGGUGAUGGAGAGUGAGGCGAUCAAUAUGCAGCGUGUUUCUACGGGUGGAUGUGGUGUAACGGCCACUUCCGGUGGGGAGAGCGGUGACCAGCGCGUAGCCACGCUGGAGCGGAUGCUGCGGCAGGAGCGCGAGUUCUCCGCGCAGCUGUUAGAGCGGCUGCGCGGACUGGACGAGGAGGUGGAGCUGAAUUGGCGCACGCAGUGCAAACGCUGUACCUGCGGCGUGUUUACCACCGGCAUCGCGGAUCUGCCCGAUGAGAUGCUGCUGCGCAUCUUCUCCUAUUUGGACGCUAUCACCCAGCUGCGACUGCGCCAGGUGAGCCGGCGGUGGAACGAUCUACUGCAGACGAAAGCCCUGAGCAAAUCCAUCACCGUCGACUUGAUCCAAAUCCCGCCGCUGGCCAGCCGCCCGCAGCUGCAGAUGCUGUCGCUGCUGCUCCCGCCCGGGCCGCGCCUCCACAUCCGCGGCAUCCCCAAACGCCUCCUGGACAUGCACAUCGCCGAGCCCCGCGAAUUCCAGCUACUGUGGAGCAGCCAGAUCCUGGAGCACUUGAUCAAAUCGCGCUCGGCCACCUUCACCACGCUGCGCCACCUGACGCUGUCGCACUGCUUCCUGCGGCUGAGCUGGCUGGUCAACCGCCUGCCGGCGUCGCUGGAGACGCUCAGACUGAUUAAAUGCGCCGUCAUGCAGCCAGCCACCCCGGGGAUCCGCUACGGACUGGCCACGCCGUGCUCCGUGGUGGUGCAGCGCGGCGAGGUGCAGUUGGAGGGGGUCAAGGGCAUCGGGCGGUGGCGGCGGCUGUGGGAGUUGCUGGACGAGCGUGUCGUGCCGUUGGACGAGGAGGAGACGGAGCGGUUGAAGGCCAAUCUGCAGCGGCUGCCGCGGAAGGAGGCGCUGGCCGCCAUCUUCGUUCUGCGAGCGAAGGAGCCGCUGUACCGCGACUUCGCCGAGGACAUCCACCUGCCGGCGGUCAACGUGGCGACACUGCGGCCCAGCACGCAGCACGAAUUAUGCCGCAUGCUGCUCGACUGCAGCGACGUCCACUUUGACGUCGCCGACUCCGUUUGAAAAAUCGAUCAAAAUGUGUGAUGGAGCCACGUCAUUAACCGGCAGCUGUUGAUUUAAUCAACUUAUUUUUUUGUUCCUCUAUCCUGCAAAUACUGUGUGUGCAACGUCCUUAUCAGAAAUUCACAAAUAUUCGUAUUAAUCUCGCCUCUUCAAGUUCCUAUGUUUUUUUCUGUAGCUGAGAAAUUAAACGGCCUACGUAAAAUAAAACGCAUAAAAAUCCGUAUUAAAACACUAAUAACAG